AAUCAUGAUUGUCGAAUUUAUCUUUAAUAGAGCAAAUUCGCAACUAAGAUUUCUUACAAAUUGCUGUUGACUUUUCAGUAUUUCUUAUAGAUCGUUUAAGAGAUCUAUUAUAGAAAGUUUUUGAUCAUCACUAUAAGUUUUCGCAAUGAGUUAUGCAGGUCUAUUUUUUGGAAAUUUCGACGAAGAAGGACAACUUGAGAGUGCUGGUUUCGAUGAAGAAAUUAGAGAAAGUUUACAGAAAGACGUUUUGAAUGAAAUUUUUUCAGUUCGUUCAUUGGGUAUUGAUGAUAAGGAGGAGGAGGAUGCCAUCAAAAGUGAAGUGUCAACUCAAACUCCAGUACAAACACCUGGUGAAUCAAGUAUUAAGCCUGAAGAAGAUGCAAUUGAUUAUUCCGAUUUCAAUGAACUUGCUGAUGAAACAAUGUUUUCAGAAAAAUACUAUCAACAAGGUGUAAAUAGUGUUAUAAACUUGAAAAGAUCUUUAUCAUUUCCGCCCUUACAAUCUAACAGUUUAGAAUCAAUUGGAAAAGAAAAUUUAAAACAAGAAGAUGUACAAACUGAAGUGCUUCAUAAAGCCACAACUUCCACAACAACUAUUCCUUUACAGGAUUUUUCUAUUGUGGAUAAUGAAUUACAAAAAGUUAUCAGACGAAACAAUGAAGAAGUGAAACCAGAAAUAAACAUAAAAGCAUUGUAUCCUGCAUUCGAGAAAGACAAGAUUUUGAAGUUUUCUGAAUUAUUUGCAACUAAGCUUACUCAGCGUAAAUUACAUCAAUUAAAUAUUCAUGUCGAACCACAAUCAGAAUUUGAUUUUGCAAAAGAUGAACGAGAAUUAUUUGGGUCUUCAAAACAAUACUUUAUAUCACUUGAUAAAAAAUCUGAGGAAUUAGAUCUUAUUGAGCCAGUUCCAUCCUCACCGAUGACUCAAGUUUCUGAUGGUAGUAUGUAUGGAAGUGAUUUUGAAGCGGAAGCUCAUCAUGACAAACUUGAUGUUGAAAAGUUAUCUUGGAAAAUUCCAGAGAAAAAUAAUGCGUAUUAUUCUAUUGUAAUGGAUACUUGGGAAGAUAAGAUUUUAUGGGAUAGUGAUGAUGAGGAUCAAACGAGUAUUGACAUGGAUUAUGUGUCUGAGCCAGAGGGGUCUAGUGCUAUAAUGGCUUAUCGAAAUUCUGAAUUAGAAAGUGGGGAGUGGAUUAAUCAUAUUUUAUGGGAUGAUUAUAGUGGGCCCAUCCCUUUCGCUAGACUAACAUUGGAUAUGAAUGAUCCAAAUUUACUUUUUGAUUAUUCUGCUCUUGAACCGCCAAAGCCAGCAGCUUUCGACUUACCAGAUAUAAAAGGUAGAAAAAUGAUCAGAUAUAAUCCUAAGAAACCUUUUGGCUUUUCUUACAAACCCGAAAGACGAGUUUAUCAACGACGACUUAAUUUUGGACGAAUGUACAUUCAACAUUCUUUACCUGCUCUUCGAUUACAUUCACAAUAUUUUAAGACUAAGUUCACUAAAUCGGAUAUUCGAGCAUUACAUCGCCCAUCAAUUCAAUUUCCUCUUGAACAAGAAAUUCAUUUUAGCAGAAUGAAGAGAAUCAAAAAGAAAAAAAUUAAAAGUCGCGAGGCAAUGAAAAAAUCAAAAGAUUUAACUCUUAAGGAUAAAUCUGAUUUCGUCUUAUUUGAAUAUUCGGAGGAAUACCCUCCAAUAUUAUCAAAUAUUGGGAUGGGUACUUUGCUACUUAAUUUUUAUAGGAAAAAGGACCCAAUUGAUUCUUUCGUGCCUAAGCUUGAUAUAGGUGAUCCAGUCGUUCUUGAUGUGAUUGAUGAAUCGCCUUUCAUGAAUUUUGGUAAUGUGGAAAGAGGACAAGUCAUACCCGCACUAUAUAAUAAUUUAAUUAGAGCACCACUGUUCAGACAUGACGCCAAUGAUACAGAUUUCUUGGUUAUUAGGAAUACAUAUAAAGGAAAAUCAAAAUAUUAUGUGCGUGAAAUAAAAAAUCUUUUCGUAGUUGGCCAAACAUUUCCCAUGCAAGAAGUUCCCUCCCCACCAUCCAGAAAAGCGAAAACCAUAGCCAAUACUCGUAUUCAGGUUGCCGCCUUUCGAUACAUGAAAAAGAAUAGAUACAAUCUUUUAAUUCAGGAUAAACUUACUAAGAAAUUUCCAGACUAUUCGCUUCAAACCCUUCGUGGGCGUUUGAAGGAAUUUGCAGAGAUGGCUCGUAAAAAAGGAAACUUCAAUAAUAGUCCAAUUUGGAAAUUGAAGCCUUCAGUUCGUAUUCCCACUGAAGAAGAACUUAGAAGAAUGUUGACACCAGAAAUGAUUUGUUUAGAAGAAAGUAUGAUGGUGGGAGAAAGGCAUUUACAAGAUGCGGGUUAUAAAUCAAUUUGGACUGAAGAUGACGAUAAAACAAAAACGACUAAAAAAGAUGAAGAGGAUGGCGUUCAAGAUGACAGUAAGCUAGCUAUUGAAGAGUCUAAACUUGCUAUCGAACAACAAUUAGCUCCUUGGAUAACUACGAGAAAUUUUCUUAACGCUACGCAGACAAACGCCAUGUUAAAAUUGCAUGGCGAAGGUGAUCCAACGGGGCGAGGCGAGGGUUUUAGUUUCAUUCGAAUAUCUAUGAAAGAUAUCUUUCUUAAAGCAGGCGAAUCUGCUCAAGAGAAGCUUGCUGAAAUAGAAAAUAGGCCUAAGAGUGGACAUAAAUAUAAUGUAGUUGAACAAUGGAAAAGAUAUAAUCAAGAGAUCUACCGUAUUUGGAACGCUCAAUAUGCAUCUCUUAGUAAACACGUAGAUUUAAGUGCGGAAUCUGCAAAACAUGCUGAUGAUACUGGAACUUAUUCAAAUAAUCAAUUUAUGAAUGAUGACGAUAAUCAAAUCGAUAGUGAUGUUGACUAUCAGAAUAUGAUUGAUUCCGCAAUGCCCGAUCGGGAAGAAUCAAGUUCUCCAUUGCCUAUUACACCUGCAGACUAUGAUGAUGCAACAUCUCUUGAUGGCAGUAUUAGUUCUAGAACAAAUUAUGAUUGUGGAUCCCAUCGUAACAGGGCACUUGUUAUAAACAGACUUGUGAGAUCAUCGACGGGGGAAUCAAUGUGGACAAAGACGCAUGUUACAGACCCAGCUGUAAUAAAUGCAUAUAUUAAUCAAAGACAAAUUAUUGAAGAACAAACGACAGCUGCUGAGUUAUUGGAGCCUACAAAUGAUGAAGAGAGGAACAAGAGAUUAAGGAAAAGGAUUCAAGAUCAAUUGGCUAAAUUACGAAGGAAUCAAGAGAGACGUCAACAGCGUAAAGCUGCUCGUGAAGCUGCAAAGGCUUCGUCAACAGGAGAUUCUACAUACGGAUUAUCCAAUAAAGACAAGAAAACAGACACUAUUAGACGCUGUGGCAAUUGUGGUCAAACCGGACACAUGAAAACCAAUAAAAAGUGCCCUCGUUAUGGAAUGAAUGCAAUUGAUCCUAUGAGCCCCACGUUAGCUGGUCCAUCUGAAUCAGUCGCCGAUGUUAAAACGGAGAGGAGCAGAAUUCUGAUAAAGUCAAAGGCAAUAGAGAAACCUCCCGAAACAACAAGAAUAAAAAUUACAUUACCUUCAAAUGAACGUAAAAGACCAGCACCAGACUUAGAUUCUGCUACUGAUCGCAAACGGCCAUUUAUCGAUGUAACCAGUUUAAUCAGUAAUACAAUUAAAACUCUCUGGGACACAGAAAAUGCGCAUCAUUUUCAUUACCCAGUUACUGCUGAAAUUGCACCCGAUUACAGUACAAUUAUAAAGGAACCUAUUGCCUUAAUACAAAUGCAAAAUGUUGGUAUUUUUUUUGAAUUUAUUUUCAAUGUAAUCAUAAUAAAUUUAAUUUUUUGUUUUUGAUUGUAGAAAAAUUCUCGCGGUGAAUAUAAAACUAUAGGGGAGUUUAUGCAAGAUAUGAAAUUAAUGGUUAAUAAUUGUCAAAUAUAUAACGGUGACGCUAGUGGCUAUACUAUUAUUGCUAAAAACUUAUAUGCUAAGGCAGAAGAAUUAAUCAGAGAAGCCGGAUUUUAGCGAAAGUUUACUACUUUAGAGUUAAUAUUAUGCUAUUCUUAUGUUUGUAAUAUUUUUUUUUUUUUUUUUU